AUGAAGGCCUUUACUAAGAAUUUGAAAAGAAUCUCUGGUUUUGUCUUUAAGACCCAUGCCAUUGUCAACUCCGUUCCCUCGGAUCUUACACUGGACAAGGGACCCCUUUCCCAGGCCCUCCUGGAAAAGGCUGGGUUAGAGCUCCAAGAGGAGUUGAACAACGUAGGACCAGGAGUCUCUGUCGACGUGGGCACGAUUCUUCGAACCAGUGGCUGUAAUCUGGACUGCCACCACGUGUUUCAUGUGGUGGCUCCACCAUGGAAAAGCAGCAACACUGCGUGGUCACUAAAGCUCAUGAAAAAUAUCAUCCGUGAAUGUCUGAGGCUCACCCAGGCGCUGUCUCUACAGUCGGUCGCAUUCCCCGCAAUAGGAACGGGAAAUUUGGGCUUUCCUAAACCUGAGUUUGCCAAAUUAAUCAUUUCAGAAGUGCUCAAAUUCAGUAGCAAGAACCAACUGAAAACUUUACAAGAAGUUCAGUUUCUGCUGCACCCGAAAGACCAGGAAAACAUCCAGGCAUUUUCAGAUGAAUUUGACAGAAGGACUAACGGGAGCCCUAGUGACCAAAGUCCCAAGGCUGAAACUACACAAGGUGUCUAUGGAAGUCUUUCUAGCCCUACUUUAGGAAUGCAUGAAAUGCAUAUUGGCCCGAUCCUCUUCCAAGUGGCCACUGGGGACAUCACGAAAGAAGUGGCAGACGUGAUCGUCAAUUCAACAUCACUCACAUUCAAUCUCAAAGCAGGGGUCUCCAAGGCAAUUUUGGAAGGUGCAGGACAAAAUGUGGAGCAAGAAUGUUCUCUCUUGGCUCAGCAGGGCACCAGUGAGUAUAUAGUCACUGCAGGAGGAUCAUUGAGAUGCAAGAAUAUUAUCCAUGUUGUUGGUGGGAAUGACGUCAAAAGAUCAGUUUCCUGUGUUUUGGAAGAAUGUGAACAACGAAAUUACUCCUCCAUUUGCCUACCAGCUAUUGGCACAGGAAGCGCUCAACAGGACCCAAAUGUAGUUGCUGAUGCCAUAAUGGAUGCCAUUGAAGAAUUUGUCCAGAAAAAAUCAGUGCAAGCUGUGAGGAAAGUCAAAGUUGUUAUCUUUCAGCCCCAUAUUUUGGAUAUUUUUUAUGACAAUAUGAAAGAAAGAGAAGGCUCCCCUGGUUCUCCCCAGAAGUCAAUGCUGUCUAAGAUUGCCUCCUUUCUCGGCUUUCCAAAGCAAGCUUCCCCCAAACAGAACACCCUGGUUUUGGAGAAGAAAGUAGAACUGACAGUUUUCCAGGUAUGUGGUGCAGACGCAGCCAAUGUAGAAAGUGCAAUCUCCUGGCUACAGGAUCUGAUUACCAAAGAGCAGUUUUCCUUCACCAAUGUCGAUGAGUGUGUCAGAGACUUUGACAGUAACGAGUACGAGAAACUGAAUGAGAUGCAGAAGAGAUUGAACAUCAUCAUUGAAAUGGACCAGAAGAAACCUUGUAUCAGAGUCUCGGGAAUUAGCAGAGAUGUGGUAAAAGCUAGAGAUGAGAUUGAUGACAUGGUCAAGAGCAUUCGACUGGCUAAAGAAAAGGAAAACCAGGCAGACUAUGUCCUUACUUUCGUGGAAUGGAGAUAUAUCGACAAUAACAUCACAUACUGUUUUGACAAAAUAGCCAACAAGGAGUUGGAGGACGCAUGGAAGGCAAAGCAGAAGAACCUUACUGUUAAAAUUCAUAAUCAGGAAUUCAUGGUGAACUUGAGCACAAACACAGCCAAGGGCCCUCAGGGGCAGAGUGUCACUGUUCAGCGCCUCAUAAAAACUGAAGCUGAAAUCCCUGGAAACUGGAGUGACAUGAAGCAGAAGACAUUGCUUGUGGUCAAUCUGCCAACCAGUGACCCUGAAUACAUUACAGUGGCGAGCCAGUUUAAUCAGACCUGCUCAAACUUUGUCAUAGAGAAGAUUGAAAGGAUUCAGAACCCAGCUCUCUGGAAGAGGUACCAGGCAAACAAAAAAAUUAUGGAUGAAAAGAAUGGCCAUCAAAGAAAUGAGAUGCAACUUUUCCACGGGACGGAGGCUAGCUCUGUGCCACACCUUAACAGCAACGGCUUUAACCGCAGCUAUGCUGGGAAGAAUGCUGUGUGCUACGGGAAAGGAACCUAUUUUGCUGUUGCUGCUUCCUACUCUGCCAGGCACACAUACUCCAAACCGGAUGCCCAUGGGAAAAAGCAUAUGUAUUAUGUGCGGGUCCUCACUGGCAACUACACAAAUGGAAACUCGACACUGAUUGUGCCUCCUUCAAGGGACCCUCAAAAUCCUACUGACUUGUAUGACACUGUCACAGACAACGAUAAAAAUCCAAGUAUAUUUGUAGUGUUUUAUGACAACCAGGCAUACCCAGAGUACCUUAUCACGUUUAGGCAGUAACACUUUGGGGCGCCCGCCCUCAGAGAGAUAGUCGUGAUCAUGUGUCUGCUGUAAGGUAAAUUUUGGCUGACUUCCUUCUUAAGCUUUCUCUAAGAAAAAAGCACAAGGUCUUUCUUUGCCGUGGACCUGCUUCCUCAGCUGCUCCUCCAUAGUGGAAAUUAAUCUACUUGAGAGCCAAUCAACUUGAGAAUUGAGAUCAGGUAACAGCCAUAACCAUAUGUGCUCAAAUGUGAAUCUCCGAUCUCUGAAAAAGAACAGGCUUUUAUGUUCUGGGAGGACAGCAAGACCUUUACGGACUUUCAGGAAGCCACACAGUCUCAGCUGCCUCCAGUGGAGUCAUGUUGGAGUGUCACGGUGCCGUGGGGGACCUACACCAUCACUGAGCCAAUCUUCCUUGCUGCCAACUGAACAGAUUCCAAGAUGGAGAACUUUCUUCACUGACAGCCCUGUGCCAUGUGGGCAGACAGCUCCAGCCGGGGCUAUGUACCAACUGGGAGCUGGGAUGUGGCUUGUGGUCUGCGUGAACUGCGCCUCGAGGGACAGACCUGGCCUCAGUGGCCGGGGGCCCCUUUUAAUGUUGACCCCAGUGGUCAGGCUACCUAGUGAAAUCAAUGAGAAGGUGUCUGCUACAUCUCUGGUGGGAUUCCUCCCACCGUGUGAAAAUGAGUGAACUAAGGAGAUGGGCUGUGUUUCCGGUGGCAGCCCGGCUUGUGAUGACUUGAAAGCUUUUUGUAUAAGCCAGUUAGUCAGGCUGCUAACUUGCUAACACUAUCUACUGGAUGGUAAUUAUUCUUGCGGUGCUGGAGAUUACCCAGGGCCUCACAACGGGUCAGGUGAGCCCUCAACCCGUGAGCUAUAUCCGAAGCCAUCUUACUUUGAGGCGGGGUCUAAGUUGCCCAGGCUGCCUUUGAUAGCAUUCUGUUAGGCUUUGAAAGCACUAUCUUCCUGCUUUGGCUACCUAUUGGGGGUCUGUGCCACCAGACUUGCCUUAAGUUGUUCUUCUAAUUUUCUCCUGUUAAGUUUCAGACUCAGUGGCGUUUGUUGAGUGCCUGGGCCUUGCCAGGUAGAUUAAGAGGCGUGCGCACAUACAUGGUUUUGGUCCCACAAAUAGCUGAGCCCCUCAUUAUUCCCACCCCAGACCGUGGCCUUGAGAUUAGUGAGUGCCGUUACAGGAGUUAUUGCAGAUGAUCUGUGAGGCAAACCCCCAGAUUGCCUUGCCUUUCUUCUUUCUGGAACUGGUGCCCACUCUACCCCUUUACUAGGCGUUCCCUAGGACAGGGAGCGAGUGCGCGCGAGUGCUGUGCAAGGUUUUCAGUUGGUAUACUCUUGGGUUGUGUGUGUGUGGGGGAGGAUUAAGGCACUGGUUCCCACUCUAGGAAUCAUCAGCAGGCUUCAAAUGGAGAGAAGGGUCACUGUUGCUGCUCCAUCGACACAGAGGCCUGGAAACUUCUGCUGCUGUUUCUAAGUGGGCUGGCAGAGACUGCGGCUUGAGACGGGUUUUCUCAGCACUGGCGGGCCGGGAUUCGGCACUAACGAUGGCCUAAAGAGACGGGAUGAAAACCUGAGGCCUGUUUUCAUUUGCUUUUUUUCUCCAGUGGUUUGGUUACCUCAGGGCAAGGAUGACACAUGCAAGAGUAAGGAUCCCGUCAGCCAAUGUCACAGUUAUGUUCAGUCAAAGUAAAUAUGUCAUUUUUCUUUUUGUCAUUUUCUCCACGUCCUAGUAAAAUGACUUGGAGAAUGUC